UAAAAAAACGAGAUAGCUGUCACACGAGUAGCGAUUUAUUCGUCACAACAAAAUAAUGAAAAGUUUACUGUAGUGAAUUAGUUUUUAGAAAAUUAUAGUUUUUUCACAAACAUACGAGUAAAUAGAUCUAGAUAGAUACUUAUUUACGAACAAUGGGGAGCCUCGAGGAAGCCUGCAUCACUGGUUUUCUGUGUCGCCUUUGCUCGCAAAUCCAUAGAUCAGUCAUUUUUAUCUAUGGGUCGGAAGGGAACGAGCACGAGCUAGAACAAAAAAUAAACAACUAUCUUCCCGUUAAAAUUGCACCAACAGAUCCCUUGCCCAAAACAGUGUGUGAAAUAUGCAUGAAUAAAGUUAUUGAGCAUCAUGGUAUGAUGGAGAAAAUUUUGGAAACGCAGAAAAAAUUCACCAGGAUGCGAGAAGAAGAGAUGCUUCUUCGGCAACAGCUUAACCGUAAUAACGCCUCUCAACAGCAUAGACAAAAUAAUACGUCCUCCAACACCGGUGGAAGUAGCAGUAGAAACACGAAUUUUAAUACUUCUACUACUCUGCAGCUAACAUCUGCUUCUCCGGCAUCAGCUGCGGCCGCUAGUAGUAAUACAAGAUCUCCGCCUGCCAUCAGUCCUAAUCUCAAUCGCAGGAUAACACGUUCCGUAUUCCGCCUCUAUCGUCGAUUAAAUUACGAUGUUAGUGACUAUAUAGUGGAGAAUAGCUCAUCUUCAUCUGACGAUGAUAGUGACAGCGACAGCGCCGACGAAAACUGAACUGCAUAAUCGCAUAUUUAUUAUAGUUACUAUAUUCAUAGUUUGUCGGACACAAAAGCCGGAAAACUGGCAGCUUUUAUUUCGUGAAGAAAACACUGGCAUCCCAUGUAAAUGUUCAUGCUCUAGCUAAAAAGUUUCAUUGUUGAAGUCGUCAGUAAGAACUUUACCUGUACGAAGUAGCAAAACGAAUUCGAAGAUAUGAAGACUUUUCAAUAGGUCCAAUCUACAAAGAGAGCCUCUCUUUGUAUACAUUCUCUUCCGCGAAUUACUCGGUCACCUUUCUGGUUUCCUUACAACUGUUUGCGUAAUAAGCUAGUAGAAACCUUGGUCUUUCGAAACAUACUGAUAAAUUUUUACGUUUUAACGACAUUCAAUUAGCUAGAGAUUACUGGGUAGGGAAAGUUAUGAAACUUAGAGCCAUAGUACUCAAGUGAGAGCAAGGAUGUGAAGUAAACAGAUCGGAAAACUAGAAGUGGCAGGGUCAUUAGAACAGGCUUAAUAUCGUGCGGGCUUAAUUUUUGCCUUCUGAUAAUGAGGGUCGAGCUUAGGCAGAAUAACUACGAAUCACUCGAGUUCACUAUCAUGUGUCCUUGAUAAAGGUAGACGUAUCUAUCUUUACCGUGACAACCGGCCGGUUGUCACGGUAAAGAUAGAUACCGUGCUAGCUAAAAAGUUUCAUUGUUACCGUGCUAGCUAAAAAGUUUCAUUCUAGCUAAAAAGUUUCAUUGUUGAAGUCGUCAGUAAGAACUUUACCUGUACUGCCGUUCUACGCAUAAUUGUCCCAUGUUGCUUUUUGGUCAUUUUCACUUUUUUUAACCAAACAGUCCUUUUUGAUGUAUAUUUUCAGAAAACACAUCCAAAUCAUAAAGUUUGUUCGAAGACUUCGUGAAAAAAUACCAAGUCUGUUUGUCCCAUUGUUGAUAUUCUACGCAUAAUUGUCCCACUAACAAAAAUCCCAAAAAAGUGCGCAAUAAAAAAAUAAUUACGUAGCGUUUAGUUAAGAAGUACAUUACGCUAGAUGUCGGGCACUGAAAAAAAUGAUGGAAAAAUACAGGAUCAUUAAAAAUGGCAGUGGCAAUAUUAAUCACAGCAGUGAGAACAAUCCUGUAAAGCUCUUCAUUACUAUCGUCGCUUGCAUAACAUGGCGAACGCAUCUAGGAUAAUGAGCCUAUUUUCGCAAUGUUUCUAUUAUCACGCUACCCAUUUGAAGCCACUGGUUAGUGCAGCGUUUGCUAUCUUUGUUCAACAAACUGGAUCAAAUGGUAGGGCGACAAUUGGAGCACUCGAUUGGAACUUUAGUUGCGAUCAAACACUAGCAUUUCAUCGUUUUUAGGCCAUUUGUGUUAUUAGAUUGGUUCUUAAGAACGAAGCAAGGUUGUCAAUGCCAAAUUAAUGCACUCCAUCGAGUGUAGGCAGAGUAAUUAAUGAUCUUGUGAGGUACCCUUCUUAAUAGUGUAAAAAUAGGUACUUUACCCUAUGUCCAAUUUUGAUAAAGCAACAAAUCUCCCGAGUAACAGAAAAACUCACGACAUACACUUUUGUAAAAAAAUGAGUUAUGAGCAUCAUUUACAUAGAUCGUUAUGGGACUGAUAUGCGUAGAACUUUCCGGUUUCCGCUCGAUUUCUCGGCAUAACAGUCCCACUUAACAUUUUUCUUAAAAACUAACGUUAAUUGAAUCUCUAUAAUAAAAAACUGGACUGAUUAUAAUGAAAACGAUUGCCAUGAACGUAAUUUUGGACAAUAAAGCUUUAUUUGUUACACCGUAUCCCUCCAGAUGGCUAAUACAAUUUUCAUCUUCAAUCGCGUUUUUCUCAGUUGCCAGUUUUGCAACAUGGGACAAUUGGGCGUAGAACGGCAGUGUACGAAGUAGCAAAACGAAUUCGAAGAUAUGAAGACUUUUCAAUAGGUCCAAUCUACAAAGAGAGCCUCUCUUUGUAUACAUUCUCUUCCGCGAAUUACUCGGUCACCUUUCUGGUUUCCUUACAACUGUUUGCGUAAUAAGCUAGUAGAAACCUUGGUCUUUCGAAACAUACUGAUAAAUUUUUACGUUUUAACGACAUUCAAUUAGCUAGAGAUUACUGGGUAGGGAAAGUUAUGAAACUUAGAGCCAUAGUACUCAAGUGAGAGCAAGGAUGUGAAGUAAACAGAUCGGAAAACUAGAAGUGGCAGGGUCAUUAGAACAGGCUUAAUAUCGUGCGGGCUUAAUUUUUGCCUUCUGAUAAUGAGGGUCGAGCUUAGGCAGAAUAACUACGAAUCACUCGAGUUCACUAUCAUGUGUCCUUGAUAAAGGUAGACGUAUCUAUCUUUACCGUGACAACCGGCCGGUUGUCACGGUAAAGAUAGAUACCGUGCUAGCUAAAAAGUUUCAUUGUUACCGUGCUAGCUAAAAAGUUUCAUUCUAGCUAAAAAGUUUCAUUGUUGAAGUCGUCAGUAAGAACUUUACCUGUACUGCCGUUCUACGCAUAAUUGUCCCAUGUUGCUUUUUGGUCAUUUUCACUUUUUUUAACCAAACAGUCCUUUUUGAUGUAUAUUUUCAGAAAACACAUCCAAAUCAUAAAGUUUGUUCGAAGACUUCGUGAAAAAAUACCAAGUCUGUUUGUCCCAUUGUUGAUAUUCUACGCAUAAUUGUCCCACUAACAAAAAUCCCAAAAAAGUGCGCAAUAAAAAAAUAAUUACGUAGCGUUUAGUUAAGAAGUACAUUACGCUAGAUGUCGGGCACUGAAAAAAAUGAUGGAAAAAUACAGGAUCAUUAAAAAUGGCAGUGGCAAUAUUAAUCACAGCAGUGAGAACAAUCCUGUAAAGCUCUUCAUUACUAUCGUCGCUUGCAUAACAUGGCGAACGCAUCUAGGAUAAUGAGCCUAUUUUCGCAAUGUUUCUAUUAUCACGCUACCCAUUUGAAGCCACUGGUUAGUGCAGCGUUUGCUAUCUUUGUUCAACAAACUGGAUCAAAUGGUAGGGCGACAAUUGGAGCACUCGAUUGGAACUUUAGUUGCGAUCAAACACUAGCAUUUCAUCGUUUUUAGGCCAUUUGUGUUAUUAGAUUGGUUCUUAAGAACGAAGCAAGGUUGUCAAUGCCAAAUUAAUGCACUCCAUCGAGUGUAGGCAGAGUAAUUAAUGAUCUUGUGAGGUACCCUUCUUAAUAGUGUAAAAAUAGGUACUUUACCCUAUGUCCAAUUUUGAUAAAGCAACAAAUCUCCCGAGUAACAGAAAAACUCACGACAUACACUUUUGUAAAAAAAUGAGUUAUGAGCAUCAUUUACAUAGAUCGUUAUGGGACUGAUAUGCGUAGAACUUUCCGGUUUCCGCUCGAUUUCUCGGCAUAACAGUCCCACUUAACAUUUUUCUUAAAAACUAACGUUAAUUGAAUCUCUAUAAUAAAAAACUGGACUGAUUAUAAUGAAAACGAUUGCCAUGAACGUAAUUUUGGACAAUAAAGCUUUAUUUGUUACACCGUAUCCCUCCAGAUGGCUAAUACAAUUUUCAUCUUCAAUCGCGUUUUUCUCAGUUGCCAGUUUUGCAACAUGGGACAAUUGGGCGUAGAACGGCAGUGUACGAAGUAGCAAAACGAAUUCGAAGAUAUGAAGACUUUUCAAUAGGUCCAAUCUACAAAGAGAGCCUCUCUUUGUAUACAUUCUCUUCCGCGAAUUACUCGGUCACCUUUCUGGUUUCCUUACAACUGUUUGCGUAAUAAGCUAGUAGAAACCUUGGUCUUUCGAAACAUACUGAUAAAUUUUUACGUUUUAACGACAUUCAAUUAGCUAGAGAUUACUGGGUAGGGAAAGUUAUGAAACUUAGAGCCAUAGUACUCAAGUGAGAGCAAGGAUGUGAAGUAAACAGAUCGGAAAACUAGAAGUGGCAGGGUCAUUAGAACAGGCUUAAUAUCGUGCGGGCUUAAUUUUUGCCUUCUGAUAAUGAGGGUCGAGCUUAGGCAGAAUAACUACGAAUCACUCGAGUUCACUAUCAUGUGUCCUUGAUAAAGGUAGACGUAUCUAUCUUUACCGUGACAACCGGCCGGUUGUCACGGUAAAGAUA